GGACAGAAGCGUGGGGCCCUCUCGCGCUUUCCCCCAGCCCGAGGGCUGAGCCCCUACCGCAGCGCUCUGCGCGGUUCCGAAGGCGAGCGCGCGGCGACCAGCAGCCGUGGCACCUGGAGAUCGCGUCACGUACUCCCCAGGUGACUCAGUUUGCCCGGCUCUCCCGGGCCCUCCCGGGCCAACGCCACCGCCCCGCACAGCGCGCUCUGGAAUGCGUUCCCAUGGUCCAUCCUUUACUCGCCGGGAGGGAAUCCCUUUGUCUUUCUGAAGUAGUGUCACUCCCGGGCAGCGGGGACUCGAUUCUCGCAUCCCACCUUUGGGGGACAGUCUAGUUUGCGCGGGGCAACUUGAGUGGGCGCCUCGCCGCUCCAGUCCAAGUACCUACGACCAAGUCACGCGUGUGCAACGUGGCUGGUAGGGGACUGGGCUCUGAGGGCUCGUCGGUAAAUCGGGACUGGCUUCCCUGGGAUCCCUUGUUGGGGGUAGGGCCGCGGCUCGGACCGUCCGAGUUGGCCUUACAGUCAGAGAAACCACGGGGCCGAACAGACCACCCUGUUCCUUCGGCUCCGCCCUGCGAAAGUCUUACAGCCAGGAGGAGGAGCUCCGGGAUGGGGAGGUCCGCGCACGCGCUGCACGGGGACUCCAGUAGCGUAACUGAGAAAUGAGAUGGAGAAGUACGAGCGGAUCCGAGUGGUGGGAAGAGGUGCCUUCGGGAUCGUGCACCUGUGCCUUCGGAAGGCUGACCAGAAGCUGGUGAUCAUCAAGCAGAUCCCCGUGGAGCAGAUGACCAAGGAAGAGCGGCAGGCAGCACAGAACGAGUGCCAGGUGCUCAAGCUGCUCAACCACCCCAAUGUCAUCGAGUACUAUGAGAACUUUCUGGAGGACAAGGCCCUCAUGAUUGCCAUGGAGUAUGCACCAGGUGGCACGCUGGCUGAGUUCAUCCAGAAGCGCUGCAAUUCCCUGCUGGAGGAGGAGACCAUCCUUCACUUCUUCGUGCAGAUCCUGCUGGCGCUGCACCACGUGCACACCCACCUCAUCCUGCACCGGGACCUCAAGACCCAGAACAUCCUUCUCGACAAGCACCGCAUGGUUGUCAAGAUCGGAGACUUUGGCAUCUCUAAGAUCCUCAGCAGCAAGAGCAAGGCCUACACGGUGGUGGGUACUCCAUGCUACAUCUCCCCCGAGCUGUGUGAGGGCAAGCCCUACAACCAGAAGAGUGAUAUCUGGGCUCUGGGCUGUGUCCUGUAUGAGCUAGCCAGCCUCAAGAGGGCCUUUGAGGCUGCGAACUUGCCAGCUCUGGUGCUGAAGAUCAUGAGUGGCACCUUUGCACCCAUCUCUGACCGGUACAGUCCUGAGCUGCGCCAGCUCGUCCUGAGUCUGCUCAGCCUGGAGCCUGCCCAGCGGCCACCGCUCAGCCACAUCAUGGCACAACCCCUCUGCAUCCGGGCCCUCCUCAACCUCCACACCGAUGUGGGCAGCGUCCGCAUGAGGAGGGCAGAGAAGUCCCUGACCCCGGGACCACCCCUGGCUCCUGGCAGCACAGGGAUGAGGGCCACCAGUGCCCGAUGCAGGGGCGUCCCCCGGGGACCUGUGAGACCAGCUAUCCCACCUCCACUGUCUUCGGUGUACACGUGGGGCGGUGGCCUCAAUGCUCCUCUGAGGCUGCCAAUGCUCAACACCGAGGUGGUCCAGGUGGCUGCAGGACGCACGCAGAAGGCUGGCGUUACACGCUCCGGGCGCCUCAUCCUGUGGGAGGCCCCACCCCUGGGCACUGGAGGAGGCACACUGCUCCCUGGGGCAGCAGAGCUGCCUCAGCCCCAGUUUGUCUCACGUUUCCUGGAGGGCCAGUCGGGUGUGACCAUCAAGCAUGUGGCCUGCGGGGACCUGUUCACGGCUUGCCUGACUGACCGAGGCAUCAUCAUGACCUUUGGCAGCGGCAGCAAUGGCUGUUUAGGCCAUGGCAACUUCACUGACAUCAGCCAGCCCACCAUUGUAGAAGCCCUGCUGGGCUACGAGAUGGUGCAGGUGUCCUGUGGGGCCUCUCACGUGCUGGCCCUGUCUACAGAUGGAGAACUGUUUGCCUGGGGCCGAGGAGAUGGUGGUAGGCUGGGAUUAGGUACUAGGGAGUCUCAUAACUGCCCCCAGCAGGUGCCUGUGCCCCCAGGACAGGAAGCUCAAAGAGUGAUUUGUGGUAUUGACUCUUCCAUGAUCCUCACCUUGCCUGGCCGGGUCCUGGCCUGUGGAAGUAACAGGUUCAACAAGCUAGGCUUGGACCGCCUAUCCCUGGAGGAGGAGCCUGUUCCCCACGGGCAAGUGGAGGAGGCCCUGAGCUUCACAGCGCUGGGCUCUGUGCCUCUGGACCAGGAGGCGCUGCUGUGUGUGGACCUCGGCACUGCUCAUUCAGCCGCUGUGACUGCCUCUGGCGACUGCUAUACCUUUGGCAGCAAUCAACAUGGGCAGCUGGGCACUAGUUCCCGCCGGGUCAGCAGGGCACCCUGUCGGGUCCAAGGCCUAGAGGGCAUCAAGAUGGUGAUGGUGGCCUGUGGGGAUGCCUUCACCGUUGCCAUCGGGGCAGAGGGGGAAGUGUAUUCUUGGGGCAAAGGCGCCCGAGGUCGCCUGGGAAGGAGGGAUGAGGACGCUGGACUCCCCCGGCCAGUGCAGCUGGAUGAGACUCAUCCUUACGUGGUGACCUCCGUGUCCUGCUGCCAUGGGAACACUCUCUUGGCUGUUCGAUCUGUCACUGAUGAACCAGCCCCUCCCUGAGGCAACAGGAGUAUCCAAGAGACCACUCUGAGUACUCUGGCAAGAUGCGGGUGCCAGAGGAACGGCUGUUUCCGGUGUCCCGAAUUGUGUCAUCACGGGCGGCAAAGCCGAUGAAGUCUACGCUGUUCCCCACACCAAUGUCCCCAAACCCCUGAUCGCACUCGGUGUCUCCAGGCUCCAGAAUGGCAGGCAUCAACAGAAGGAUGGCCUUCAAAGCCUUUGCUAAAAAAGUACCUUUUCCCCCCAGGCCAGUUAGAAAGCAAAUUCCCGCAGGUGUUCUGGUGGAGACAGACGCCACGCUUUGGAAUAGGGCAAGCCAGGGCUUGUUUGGACUGGCCAUCAGGCCGACCUAAUCUCUGGCUAGCUUGUGACAGAUAGGUCGGUGGGCGUCUCUUUUUCUGUCUGGUCCUAGUCCUAGUCCUAAGGCAGGGGUUUGCAGAAGUUCCCCACCUCCCAGGGAAGGAAUGCUGGAACUACUGAGUGCUUGCCCUCACCCUAGGCCACUCCCCAGAAGUAGACUGGGGGGAAAAGGCCAGACCCGACCAGUUUCUCAAAGGUUUGAAAGUAGCACCAAUAAAAAUAUCAAAUGCC